AUGUCAGAAUUUGUCAGAGAAAAAAAAAAAAAGAUUCACCGAAAAGUUUUCUUAAUCUCAUGUCUAAGGAUCGACAGUUGGUGCCUACGAGGCUACGAAAGUAAAUUGGCCCGGAUAGCCCAAGCGCCAAGAGUCGACACAAAGCCCAUAGGCUUCUUUGUUCAACGAGCAGUAUUCUGAGGGUUGCUUUGUUCAUAUGCCUUAGGGUUUUACAAUCGGCAAAUCUUCGAGGUUUUAAAGAGCCAUUUCUGCGAAAAUCCAAAGGAUUUUUAUAAUCAGUUAGCAUAUCAUGGACAGUUCAUUCAAUUCCCCUGAGUUGCAAAAUCUGCUUGAACAAGAGAAGCAGAGAGCAUUGGUGAAUGAGAUGGUAUCAAAAUUGACGAGCGCUUGUUGGGAUAAAUGUAUUACUGGUACACCCGGGAGCAAGUUCAGUUCCAGUGAAACAUCCUGUCUUCAGAAUUGCGCUGGCCGAUAUCUUGACAUGAGUAUUUUGGUUAUGAAGCGAUUCCAAUCGAUGUCUUAGAAUAGGCUAUUGGUUGCCCAUAUGCAAUAAUUUCCUUCCAGAGGUUAUUUGUGCUGUUAUUUUAAGCUUAUUUGGUGAUGUUUCUUGUGAACAUUCAUAAUGCCCCUAUGCAUUUGAUGAUACAUGUAUGGUUUUUAAUAGUUAGAAGUUUGAACAAUCUGAAUCUUAUAACUAAAAUCAUCUUUUUUGAAGAGAACUUAUUAUUUACAAUCA